UCAGAACACUGAGUACGGCACAGUAGUGCCUAAAGUCUAGAAAAUUUUGUAAUUAUCAAAGUUUUUGUUUUAAUAUAUUUUUAUCAACAGUGAUUAUUUUAUUAAUUGCUUCUGUUGUGCAAGUGCAUACAAGUUAAUUAAAGAAAUAUUUUAGCGUGAGUUAAUAGAAAAAACGACAAUGGCUAAACGUCCUUUCGAUUUAGUCCAUUUUUAUAUGAAUGAAGUUGGAGCUCGAUUAGUAGCGAAGACUGGGAUCCCAUCAGACAGACACCAUGUUGGGAAACUCACUCUGCAGGCUUUGAAGGAAGAUCCUGACUUUGUACUGCAGAUUGAUGGGGCAACAGGAGAAUCAGAAACCAACGGCUCAGUGUUAGACAGGAGCAUCCGAUGCGCCAUCUCUCUCACUGCGCUGGGACUGAAGAAGGGAGAUGUCAUGGUGCUCAUGGGACCAAACCAUUUAGACUUCUGUAUACCUCAUAACGCUGCUCUCUAUCUUGGCAUCAUGGUAGCUUGUAUUGAUGAUACUUUGAAUGUCAACGAAUUAAAAGAACUAUUCCAUGUGAAUAUUCCAAAGAUAAUCGUCGCUCAAAGCGUAAGGACAUCAGAUAUUGAGAAGGCAUUAAACCUGGCUGAAGUGGACGCCAAGAUUGUGACCUUCGAUGAAAGUAACCAUACAACAUUGGCACAACUACUGGAGGUGUCAAAUAAGAAAGCGAUUAAAGAUUUCCAAGCAACAGACUUCGACCCUGAAGAAACGGUAGCUUACCUGACAUCAACCAGCGGUACCACAGGAGUGCCCAAGACAGCUAUGCUGACACACAAGAAUAUUGUUUUCGGUGUACCAAACAUGUGGACAAUGUUCGAAAAGUUCCCCACACCAACAAGACUGGUGCUGGUGAUCUCACCAGCGCAGUGGCUGUCAGCUGGCUUCCACUACCUGUUCUCCGCAAUCCUCAAGUACCCGCGGCUGCAAACAUCAGCACCAGUCACUCCCGAUCAUUUUGCUGACCUUGUUAAUAAGUAUAAACCUACCUACGUAGCAAUGAGUCCUAAUCUGAUGACGACGAUGAUGGCUCAAGCUAAAUGUGACUUCACCUGCUUCGAGCAUGUCAUACUUGGAGGUAGCGCUGUGGCCCAAGAGCUGGUGGAAGAAGUCAAGCAAAUAACGAAAACGGAAAACGUAUACAGUUUGUACGGUAUGAGUGAGUUGAGCGGGCCCGUCGUGCAGCACGAGUACCCACCAGCUCCAGGGUCGAGUGGCAGACCUAUUGGUAGCGUAGCAUUAAAAAUAGUGGAUCCCUCAACUAAUGAAGAUAUUACGGAACCCAAUAUUCCAGGUGAAUUGUGGGUUAAAGGACCCAAUGUGUUUAAGGGAUACUACAACAACCCGGAGGCAACAAAAGAGACAUUCACAGAAGACGGCUGGUUAAGAACAGGUGACAUUUUAUACAGAGAUGACUCGUGGAACCUGUUCUUUGUGGAGCGUUACAAGCUGCUGCUGAAGUACAGAAACCAUCAAGUAUCUCCAGCGGAGAUCGAAGAAGUAAUAAUGAAGCACCCUGGCGUGUUCCACGUGGCGGUGACAGGGAUACCUGACAAGGAGUGCGGGGACCUGGUGGUGGCGUGCGUUGUGCCCAAACCUGGCUGCAGCCCCACCGCGCAGGAGAUCAAGAACUUGGUUAAAGAAUCACUGACGGACUCGAAGCAACUGAGAGGAGGUGUGAUCUUCAUGAAGGAACUGCCGACGACCAGCACUUCUAAAGUCAACAGGAAGAAACUCAAGGAAUUGGUGCUGACUUUGAAAAGGGAAUAAAACUGUUACUUCAUUUAAAUUGUAUGUACUUAGAAAAAUUGUUACAGUCAUGAU